AUGGAAAAAAUCAAGGAGAAAUUGAACAGCUUGAAACUAGAAUCUGAAUCGUGGCAAGAAAAAUAUGAAGAGCUAAGGGAACAGCUCAAGGAACUAGAGCAAUCUAACACUGAAAAAGAAAAUGAGAUCAAAUCUUUGUCUGCUAAGAACGAACAACUGGACAGUGAAGUGGAGAAAUUAGAAACUCAAUUGUCCGAUACUAAGCAACUGGCUGAAGACUCCAAUAACUUGAGGUCCAACAAUGAAAACUACACUAAGAAGAACCAGGAUCUAGAACAACAAGUGGAGGAUAGUGAAACAAAACUCAAGGAGGCGAUGGAAAAAUUAAAAGAGGCGGAUCUGAACACUGAGCAAAUGGGUAGAAAAAUUGUUGCUCUGGAGGAAGAAAGGGAAGAAUGGGAAAAGAAGUGUGAAGAAUUCCAAAGCAAAUAUGAAGAAGCUCAAAAGGAACUUGACGAAAUUGCUACUUCAUUGGAAAAUUUAUGA